AUGACGACCACAGUGACCAACGCAUCGUCAGUUUGUCAUACCAGCUGCACAGGCAAGAUCACUGUCACCCUGCUCCUUGACGGCCAGCCCUGUUCAAUGGAAGUCAAUUCCAGGUCAUCGGUCACCGUCAUCUCUUCAGAGUCCUGGCAGCGGCGAAGUAGGCGGCGGUUGCAGCAUGCGGACACGCGGGUGUCCAACUUCCAGGGCAGAAUCCCGUUGGCCAGCAAAGACACUGUCAAUGUUGAGCCCCGCCAGGCCUUUGCUGUCAGCCCGCCUCGGCCUCACCGCAGCAGCAGCAGCACCUGUCUUUCUCCGCCGUGCUUCCGGGACUAUUUUAGAUCUUUGUUUGAAUUGGAAAACGAUCUUCCAGAUGAGUUGAUCCCUAAUGGCGAGCUGAAUCUUUUAAACAGCAGUGGGAACCAUGUUCCAGAUGCAGCUUCUAAACACAAACAACUUUCUGAUCUUCUGAGGGGAGGCAGCGGCACAUCGUUAAACCCAGGAAUUGUAAACGUGAGCUCCGGUCCCCCGGUCCCCCAAGGAGUCAACAGCCAAGCCCAAGGGCAGUCGAACAGUGUGAACAUUGGCAACCUGGGCGCCAUGGGCAAGAAUCCUCUGAGCCAGGCAGACACGGCUGGGUCCACUCUGGUCAAGCAGGCAGCCAGCACACCUGGGCCCAGCACACCGGCCACCCAGGCCUUGAGCGCUCAGGCCCAGAAGCAAGUCGGGAUGGCGACAAACAGCUCCGCUACCUCUCAGGCCGGAUCUGGGAUGUGCAUCAACAGCGGCUUCAGCCAGGCCCACACGGGUCUUCUCAGUGCUAAUUCGGGCCACAGUUUAAUGAAUCAGACCCAGCAAGGGCAGGUAAUGAAUGGAUCCCUUGGGGCGGCUGGAAGAGGAAGAGGCGCCGGCAUGCAGUACACGGCCCCCGCCAUGCAGGGGAACACGGGCAGCGUGCUCACAGACACCCUGACACAGGUGUCUCCCCAGAUGGCAAGUCACGCGGGGCUGAACCCGACCCAGGCAGGAGCCAUGGCCAAAAUGGGAAUGGCCAGUAACACAAGUCCCUUCGGGCAACAGUUUAGUCAGACUGGAGGGCAGCAGAUGGGGACCGCAGGCGUGAACCCUCGGUUGCCAGCUAAGCCCGGCAUUGGCAGUAGCGCGUCUCCCUUUCCUCCAGACAUCAAGAGUGUCUCAGUUACCAGUGUGCCAAAUAUGCCUCAAAUGCAAACCCAGGUACAGCAGGUGGGAAUUGUACCAACACAAGCAAUGGCAACAGGACCCACAGCUGAUCCUGAAAAGCGCAAACUUAUUCAGCAGCAACUGGUUCUGCUACUUCAUGCUCACAAAUGUCAAAGGCGGGAGCAAGCAAACGGAGAGGUGCGCGCGUGUGCGCUUCCCCAUUGUCGAACGAUGAAAAAUGUUCUCAAUCACAUGACGCAUUGCCAAGCUGGAAAGGCCUGUCAAGUUGCCCACUGUGCAUCAUCACGUCAGAUCAUAUCUCACUGGAAGAACUGUACGCGGCAUGAUUGCCCUGUGUGCCUUCCGCUGAAAAAUGCCAGUGACAAGAGGAACCAUCAACCGCUCCUUGGAUCCCCUGGUAAUGGACUCCAGAGUUCUGUUGCUUCUGGAACAAGCCAGCCAACCGCUCCUCCCCUGAGUAACCCUAACCCAAUUGACCCCAGCUCCAUGCAGAGGGCCUAUGCUGCUCUGGGCCUACCUUAUGGCAACCAGCCGCAGGCUGCAUUGCAACCACAAGUACAAGGCCAGCCAACGGCCCAGCCUCAGACCCAUCAGCAGAUGCGGACCAUAAAUGCGUUGGGAGCUAAUCAAAUGAAUCUUGCUGCGGGAGGAUUACCAGACCAGCAAGCCGGCAUGAUCUCAGAAACUGCUCUUCCGACUUCACUUGGGGCGGCAAACCCUUUAAUGAAUGAUGGCCCAAAUUCUGGCAGUGUUGCAAAUCUUGGUGGCUCUAUGCCAACGGCCACACCACCUUCAAGUGCUGGAAUGAGGAAAGCUUGGCAUGAACAUGUCACUCAGGAUUUGCGCAAUCACUUAGUCCAUAAGCUCGUCCAAGCCAUCUUCCCCACUCCUGACCCAGCUGCACUGAAAGAUCGCCGGAUGGAGAAUCUGGUGGCUUAUGCUAGGAAAGUGGAAGGCGACAUGUAUGAAUCGGCUAACAGUAGGGAUGAAUACUACCAUUUAUUGGCUGAGAAAAUCUAUAAAAUUCAAAAGGAGCUAGAAGAAAAGCGGAGGUCUCGUUUACAUAAGCAAGGGAUCAUGGGUAACCAGCCGGCCUUGCAGCCCCCAGGAGGGAGUCAGGCGGCCGGCAUUCCACAGGUGACAGCAACGAUGGCGCAGCCUGUGAGACCUCCCAACGGACCGAUGCCAAUGCCAAACGUGCCUAUGAGCCGCAUGCAGGUCUCUCAAGGGAAUGUCCAGAUGCCGCAGGCACCCAUGGGACCCCGUGCUGCUUCUCCAAUGAGCCAUCCUGUCCAGAUGAACAACAUGAGCGCCGUUCCAGCAGUGGCCAUGUCUCCCUCGCGGAUGCCCCAGCCCCAGAGCGUGAUGGGAGCCCAUCCGAGCAGCCUGCUGGGCCAGGCCUCCGCCCAGACCCAGUUCCUGCCGCAGAACCCGUUUCCUGCCUCCACCGGAGCCAUGAAUGUCAGCAGCGUGGCCAUGGGGCAGUCAGCAGCGCAGGCAGCCGGGUCACAG